CAAUAUCUCUCCACCACGGUGACCUCUGCUGAGCUUUUGGGAAAACCGAGCGCCGCCGCUGCUCCCUCUCCGGACGCGUGUUGUGAAUUAAUAACCAAGACAGCCUCACCUGGAGUGUGUGUGUGCUUGUGUGUGUGUGCAUGUGUGCACUAAAGUGUGUGUGAGAGUGUGUUUCUCUGGAUCAGAUCAAGGAUCGAGGUGUUUCACUGGCUUGGUUCCGCACGCGCACGUAUACAUACACUGACACAACACACACCGGGGGGAUUUGGGCACCGCAUGCCGGGGACAUGUGGAAGUUUGCGCCGCUGUAGCGCAGCCAGAGAGCCGGUCCGCCGCCUCGUCGACCUCCCCUCUUCCUGCCCAGGGGGACCAAAUUCCCGGUUCACAGCCUUCAAACAUCGAAACCCCUCUGAGGGGACCCAGAUGUAAAUUCAGAACGAGAAAUCUCAGAAGCACACGUCUGACACGGGAGGACAACGACAAGCAGGACGGCAUCCCGUUGCGUGCAGAGUUUGGUGAGCUCUUUCGGGGAUUCCAGGGCUUUUAUUUUUGAACGCCCUUGUAUUUCCUCAGUAUUUUGUGGGUCUCAUAUUGGCCCCCACUUGCCGCAGUGAUGGUGGGAGCUCCGAGCCCCAUUGGCCCUGGCCGCUCCCCGGCGGCUGCGCCGGGGCUGCUGCUGGCUGCCUUGGUACUGGUCCUGUCCAGCGGAGCGGACGGCCAGCCCUGCCCGGCCCAGUGCUCCUGCACCGGGACUACAGUGGACUGUCACGGCCAAGGGCUCCGCAGCGUGCCCAGGAACAUACCCCGCAACGCGGAGAGACUGGAUCUGAAUGCAAACAACCUCACUAAAAUCACCAAGGCGGAUUUCGCAGGACUGAGACAUCUGCGAGUGUUGCAGCUAAUGGAGAAUAAAAUCACCACCAUCGAGAGAGGGGCCUUCCAGGACCUGAAGGAGCUGGAGAGACUGCGCCUGAAUCGGAAUAAUCUGGCCGUCUUCCCCGAGCUGCUUUUCCUGGGAACAACAAAGCUCUACAGACUUGAUCUCAGCGAGAACCAGAUUCAGGGAGUCCCAAGGAAAGCCUUCAGGGGAGCUGUGGAGAUCAAGAACCUCCAGUUGGACUACAACCACAUCAGCUGUAUUGAAGAUGGAGCUUUCCGAGCGUUGCGUGACCUGGAAGUGCUCACCCUCAACAACAACAACAUCAGCCGACUGUCUGUGGCCAGUUUCAACCACAUGCCGAAGCUCAGGACCUUUCGCCUGCACUCCAACAACCUGCAGUGUGACUGCCACGUGGCCUGGCUGUCUGAGUGGCUGCGACAGCGCCCCCGUCUGGGUCUUUACACGCAAUGCAUGGCCCCGCCGCACUUGAGGGGGCACAACGUGGCCGAGGUGCAGAAGAAGGAGUUUGUCUGCGCAGGUCACCAGUCGUCAUCAUCUUCCUCCUGCAGUGUGUUACAGUGCCCAGAGUCCUGCACCUGCAGUAACAACAUCGUGGACUGCAGAGGGAAGGGACUGACAGAAAUACCCACCAACCUGCCUGAAACCAUUACUGAGAUACGACUGGAGCAGAACGCCAUCAAGGUGAUUCCAGCUGGGGCCUUUUCUCCUUAUAAGAAGCUGCGCAGGAUAGACUUGAGUAACAACCAGAUAUCAGAGUUAGCCUCGGACGCCUUCCAAGGUCUGCGCUCGCUCAACUCUCUGGUACUGUAUGGGAACAAGAUCACUGAGAUCUCCAAAGGACUGUUUGAGGGAUUGUUUUCUCUGCAGCUGUUGUUACUGAAUGCUAAUAAGAUAGCGUGUCUCCGCGUGGACGCAUUUCAGGACCUCCACAACCUCAAUCUGCUCUCGCUAUAUGACAACAAGCUCCAAACCAUCGCCAAGGGGACCUUCUCGUCGCUGAGAGCCAUACAAACACUUCACUUAGCCCAAAACCCGUUUAUCUGUGACUGCCAUCUGAAGUGGCUGGCAGACUACCUGCAGGACAAUCCCAUCGAGACGAGCGGCGCCCGCUGCACCAGCCCUCGGCGGCUCGCCAACAAACGAAUCGGACAAAUCAAGAGCAAGAAGUUCCGCUGCUCAGGUACCGAGGAUUACCGCAGUAAGCUCGGAGGGGACUGCUUCGCCGACUUGGCCUGCCCCGAGAAGUGCCGCUGCGAGGGCACCACGGUCGACUGCUCCAACCAGAAACUCACCAAAAUACCAGAUCACAUCCCCCAGUACACCGCCGAACUGCGUCUGAACAACAAUGAAUUCACUGUGCUGGAGGCGACGGGGAUCUUCAAAAAGUUGCCUCAGCUGAGGAAGAUCAACCUGAGUAAUAACCGUAUCACUGACAUAGAGGAGGGGACGUUUGAAGGAGCUUCAGGGGUCAAUGAGCUGAUUCUGACCUCCAACAGGCUGGAGAACGUACACCACCGCAUGCUGAAGGGACUGGGUGGUCUCCGCACGCUCAUGCUGAGGAGUAACCGGAUCAGCUGCGUGAGCAACAGCAGCUUCGUGGGGUUGAGCUCAGUGCGCCUCCUGUCGCUCUACGACAACCAGAUCACCUCCAUGAACCCCGGAGCCUUCGACACGCUGCACUCGCUGUCCACGCUCAACCUUCUGGCCAAUCCCUUCAACUGCAACUGUCACCUGGCUUGGCUCGGCGAUUGGCUGAGAAGGAAGCGCAUCGUCACGGGCAACCCUCGCUGCCAGAGCCCUUAUUUCUUGAAGGAGAUCCCCAUCCAGGAUGUAGCCGUCCAGGACUUUGCCUGUGAAGAUGGUAACGACGAGAACAGCUGCUCUCCAGUGCUGAGGUGUCCAGCCGAGUGUUCCUGCCUCGACACUGUGGUGCGCUGCAGCAACAAGGGCCUCACCACGCUGCCCAAAGGCCUUCCCAAAGAGACCACUGAACUGUAUCUGGAUGGUAACCACUUCACUCAGGUUCCUGUGGAGCUCUCCAAUUACAAACACUUAACACUCAUCGAUUUGAGUAACAACCAGAUCAGCACGUUGUCCAACCACAGCCUCAGUAACAUGUCCGAGCUGCUUACCCUAAUCCUGAGCUACAACCGCCUGCGGUGCAUACCAGUGAGGGCGUUCGAUGGGCUCAAGUCUCUCCGUUUGCUGUCUCUCCAUGGUAACGACAUAUCGCUGAUACCAGAGGGAGCCUUCAAAGACCUGUCAUCGCUCUCCCACCUGGCUCUGGGUGCCAACCCUCUGUACUGCGACUGCCACAUGCAGUGGCUGUCAGACUGGGUGAAGAGCGGCUACAAGGAGCCUGGCAUCGCCCGCUGCGCCGGGCCCGGUGACAUGACCGACAAACUGCUGCUCACCACGCCUUCCAAGAAGUUCACCUGCACAGGUCCAGUAGAUAUUAAUAUCCAGGCCAAGUGUGAGCCAUGCCUGUCCAACCCCUGCAAGAACGAUGGCACCUGCUCCAAUGACCCGGUGCACUACUACCGCUGCACUUGCCCCUAUGGAUUUAAGGGGCAGAACUGUGAGGAGCCCAUUCAUGCCUGUAUCAGCAACCCAUGCCAGAACGGUGGCACUUGCCACCUGAAGGAAGGAGAAGGCAGCAACUUUUGGUGUGUGUGUCCGGAGGGCUUUGAAGGCGACGGAUGUGAGAUCAACAUCGAUGACUGCGAAGAUAACGACUGUGAGAACAACUCCACGUGCGUCGAUGGAAUCAACAACUACACGUGCAUGUGCUCACCAGAGUACACAGGGGAGCUAUGUGAAGAGAAACUGGAUUUUUGUGCUCCAGAGCUGAACCCAUGUCAGCAUGACUCAAAGUGCAUUUUGACCCCUCAGGGAUACAAGUGUGAGUGCACACCAGGCUACGUAGGUGAGCACUGUGAGCUGGAUUUUGACGACUGUGAAGAAAACAAGUGUCAGAAUGGAGGUCAGUGCAUCGACGCCGUCAACGGAUACACCUGCGUCUGCCCAGAGGGAUACAGCGGGCUAUUCUGCGAGUUUUCUCCCCCGAUGGUCCUUCCUCGCACCAGCCCCUGCGACAACCACGAGUGCCUCAACGGGGCACAGUGCGUUGUCAUGGGAACAGACCCCCGCUGCCAGUGUCUCCACGGCUACGAGGGCGAGCGCUGCGAAACGCUCGUCAGUGUCAACUUUGUCAACCGCGAGUCUUACCUGCAGCUUCCCUCCAAUCUCCUCUCCCCGGAGACCAACAUCAGCCUACAGAUCGCUACAGAUGAGGACAGUGGCGUGUUGCUGUAUAAAGGAGACAAUGAUCACAUUGCCAUGGAGCUGUACAGGGGACGCCUCAGGGUCAGCUAUGAUACCGGAUCGUACCCUCCUUCCGCUAUAUACAGUGUGGAGACAGUGAAUGAUGGCAGCUUCCAUGCUGUGGAGCUGGUGGCAUCAGACCAGACUCUGUCUCUGUCCAUCGAUGGCGGGCCGCCCAAAUCCAUCAACUCCAUCAGCAAACAGUCCACACUCAACAUAGACUCUCCACUUUAUCUGGGUGGUAUGCCAGAACGUGCCUCAGCCUCCGGGGGUCUCUCCUCUCUGCAGCAUAGCGCAGGCGGCCGCAACGGCACCAGCUUCCACGGCUGCCUCCGUAACCUCUACAUCAACGGGAAGCUCCAGGACCUGGGGGCCGGGCUGGGGCCGGGGGCUCCAGGCUCUGGGACCACGCAGAGCACCACCAGACAGUGGCUGGGCCACGGGGUGGAGCCAGGCUGCCAGCCCUGCCAGAGAGGCGCCUGCGUCCAGGGCGACUGCCACCCAACAGGGCAUCGCGGCUUCACCUGCACCUGCCACCCGGGCUGGACGGGGACACUGUGUGACCAGCAAGUCAACAACCCCUGUGAUGGCAACAAGUGUAUCCAUGGCACCUGCCUUCCAAUCAACUCCUACUCCUACUCGUGUCGCUGCCAGCCCGGCUUUGCUGGCGUGCUCUGUGAUGAGCAGGACCAGGAUGCGGCUAACCCCUGCAGUCUGUCUCGCUGUAAACAUGGAAAAUGUAGAGUGUCGGGCCUGGGCAAAGCAUACUGCGAGUGUAACAGUGGUUACACAGGAGAGGCGUGCGACAGAGAGGUGGCCUGCCGAGGGGAACGGGUCCGAGAUGUCUACCAGAGACAGCAAGGCUACGCGGCGUGCCAAACCCAGGAGAAGGUCUCCCGUCUAGAGUGUCGGGGCAGCUGCCCGGGGGGAGCAGAGGGACAGGGCACCUGCUGCACCCCCCUCCGCAGCAAACGCAGGAAAUACACCUUCCAGUGCACUGACGGCUCCUCUUUCGUCCAGGAAGUGGAGAAAGUGGUCAAGUGUGGCUGUACAAAGUGUUCCUCAUAAAAAAGAAAAAAACACAAAGAAAAAAGAGACAACACCCUCUGCAGAUUUCCUCCCCUCAGAUAUGUUUUAUGUUCCUGCCCGCCUUACUUGAUCCCCGUCCCCCGUUAUCCAAGGUCAUCCUGAAAACACCCUUCACCCUCCACAACCCCCCACCCCACCAACCCUGUUUUUUUAAAAACCCUUAAAAAAAGGCAAAAAAAACAAGAGAAACAACUAAAAAAGAGUUUCUUUUCUUGUCAGUGCUGGACUGAUGAUUGAUGCUUCCUCGGUGGGGAUGUUGAAUUGUAUUGUAAAGUACAAAAACAGACUUAUUUUUUAUUAUGAAGUGGAGAAAAAGACAAAAAAAAAAAACAAAAAACACAAGAGUUGACUUUUUCCUUACAUCUACUUCUUUUUUGUUGGUCAUGAUGACUCCAA